GCCUUAGUUUCGAUAUCAUAAAUGUGCUUUAUCACCCACUUCAAUCAAGUUGUGCAUACUAUAAUUUGUAUCGUAUCAGAAAUAAGGUUUGAAAAGUAAUGUUCUGAAUGUUGCGGAUAAUUUAUUGUCGCGUAGCUCUGUGUGUUAUGGUUGCCCCGUGAAAACUUCCGGUUUAUUGGAAAGAAAAUGAUUUCGAUGUUAAACUUAUGCUAUAUUCUUGAUUUACCUCAAAUAAGAUAAAAAAAAACCGACAGUUUGCAACCAUAUGCGUCUCAUACUACACGAACACAGUUUGUUUACAUGUCUGCACUCCGUAUCCCUACUAAUCACGAAGAAUUGACCACUUGAAUCAAAGAAAUAGGCCCCCGUUUCGUGAAAUGAGUUCCCACUGUUUGUAACCUGAUUUCAGUCCACUCUCGAUUCGGAGAACAAUGACAGGAUAAAACAUUGCGUGCUAAACUCAUCCUCUCAACGCUAAGUUUUCAUGUAACAGUAAUUCCAACUCGAAGAGCAACAGGAUUGGCAGGAAAAAAUGACUGUCAACGAAGAUAGAUUCUCCAUGACAGCAGAAAGAUAUCUAGCGAAGCACAACGUCCUGGUGUAUCUGGAGGACGGGAUCUCACAGCUCCUGGAGCACAGGGAGGACAAUCCUAAAGUCAGCGCUGUCAAGUUUAUCAGUGACUACUUUUCAAGUCUCCGUGACGGCAACCACACCAUGUUCCGCGAGUACGUCUUCGUCCGCUCCACGCCACACAAUCGAGCUUCUUUUGUGAAACUCUUCUGGAAGUGCUACAAACAAAUCGGCAAAAAGGGAGAUCUGCUGAGUAUCCAGGAGUACCACUCCCUGCUUGGGCUGCUGUGUGCCGACUUCCCCUUCACCAUGGUCCAGAAGACAGCCAGGAUCAUCUUGAUCGACGAUGCCCUCGACUGCCUCAUCUGCUUCUCCGACUUCAUCUAUGCAUUGCAGGUGCAGUUCUAUUACGAAGAGUUCCUGGAGAAGAGUGGGGAGAUCUACCAGUCCAUCCUCCAGACACAGCGAAGUCCCCGUGACCCCGUAGUCGUGCCCUCCGCAAGCGCCGGCACCAAGGUCCACCAACUCAACCACCAGCCAGCCGACGGCAUCGACGCCAUGCAGUUCUUCCGAUCGCUGUAUCCCCUCUGUGACCGGGUGGCCUUCAGCACACCACCUGUGUCAGCACUGAAGGAGAUUCUCUUCACGGUUCCCCGGGUGUCCUUCUAUGGCUUUCUAAUGGCCAUCGCCAAGAGUGAGUCCAUCAACGAACACAUAGGCCGACUUCCGCCUAAGACGGAGCUGCUGGAGACAGGGGAGGCGGAGAUCUCAUCAAUCCCUCCAAUCAAGACUCCCACAAGUUCAUCAAGCAAAGGAAGCAAAUCUCGGUCUUCGGGGGCUGUGAGUCAUCGUGAAGCAGGGUCAAGGUUAUCACACAAUUCCUCCACAUCAUCCAAUCACAGGUCAAGGUCAACCAUUGGCCUGGUCAAACACCAGAAGCGAUCAGUGGGGGACAUAUCCGUGGCUGACUCAAGUUCUGAAACUGAUUCAUCAUCAGACUCAUCCGACACCAACUAGACGACCCAGAUGCAUUGUCUGUCUGUGUGUCUGUUUGAUGAAUCAACAGACACGACUUUUCUGGAGUGUUUAGAUACAACCAUCUGUCCGACGCUCAAGACCACCGUAAAACUAAUCUCAUAAUAUCCUCAAUACAUCAUCUGGACUUCAUCUUCCUGAGUCAAGGGAGUUAGUUAACUGACUAUGAAAGUCCAGCUUCCACCCUUGCUGAACUAGGCUGGAAUUCUGGGGUUACAUUUAGGCCAAUCAAAAUUGUGUAACAAACUAGACAUCUGGUUCGUAAACAACAUGGAUUACAACUGGUAGAUUUCGGCCUACUGAAGGAUUUGCAAAUCUUUUCAUGUUUGUAAUCAAGGUGCUCAAGUGAUUUGAUGCUCUUAGCCGGGUAAGGCCUGUUAUAUUACAAUAUAGAUCUUGAUUAGCGAUCAGAUCGUCUUGACAGACACCACCAUUUUGUUUGAAGCAAAUUCAAGUGAUGUAAGAGGAGGGACAUGGCUCGUAAUUUUCACUACAAUCAAGCCUAGAAAUUUCAGCCUUGUUCGGCAAGGAUGGAAAUGGGACUUUUAUAAUGCCCUUGCCUUGGGAAGAUGUUCAGGACUUCUUCUUUGCUGUAAAUGUAUUGUAAAUUUAUGACCAAAGUUUGCCAUUGAUGCUGUGUUGUUAUUUAAGUUUGUUUGUUGGUGAUAAGUGUGUGUAAUGUCGUAUUUUCCAGGUAACUAAUUGCUGAUCUUCAGGGAUAUCAGAUUAGAAAGUGUUUUGUUUGUUGUUAUAAUGCAGCUUACACCGAUGACUGAGCAUCUGUACCAAGGUUUUGAUUGAUGAGGCUGAGAAAUAAACAGUUGGUUGUCAUCAGCUGCUUCUGGAGACAUGGCAUGAGUAGACAGACACCUGUAAACAGGUGUGCAAUAGGGAGAUGGAGGUACAGUUAGUCUAAGCCUUACACUUAUUGUAUGUGAUGCUGCAGCUGUGUGACAACCAACAUUUUACUUAC